AUGAAGCCGCCAGCGCCUUUAAACGAUGAAAGGUUUGUCGCUAAGAAACAUCAGAAAUUUCUGGAGCGGCAUUUGCACAUCUUACCCUCCAAGUUCCAAGAUAAUGAGCCCAAUAAGCUCGCCAUAGUAUCGUAUGCGCUGUUGGGUUUGAGCAUUCUCGGUGUUGAUAUUUCAAAAAAAUACAAAGGCAGUACAGAGUACUUAAAGAAACACUACCAGGAAGUAGAGAAUGAGAUUGGCUACGUUGCUGGAUUUGUCCCAAGCAUUUCAACGCAUGUGAAAGGUGUGCCAUCUCUUAGUUUAACAAGUACACUCUUUGGAAUUUGGAGUUUAGCGUGUCUCGUUAACGCAGAUAGAUUGUUCGAAAUUAUAGAUCGCGAAAAAGUGUGCCAAUUUGUGGCUCAAUGUCAAGUGUCUGACAAUGGUCUGUUUGUAUCAAGUUUUGAUGUGACUCCUCCGAAACCUCUCCAUUAUUCCUCAAUCGAUCCAACGGAUCUCAGACAUACAUAUGUAGCCAUUGCUAUCCUCUAUCUGAUGGGCUGUCGAACCUCCACUGACUUCAGUAGAUAUAUUUCUUUGGACGGUGUUCUCGAGUUUAUCAAGCAACAGGCUUGCCCUCAGGGCGGGUUUGGUCAGUAUUUCGAACCCCAUGCAGGGUUCACAUCAUGCGCUCUUUCGAUACUCAAAUUGAUCAACGAUAGGUGGGACAUCCUGCCAUCUUCUUUCUACGAAGUGACUUUCCAAUGGUUAUUGCAGCGUCAAAUCUCAAGCGACGGUCCAAUGACUUUGAUGACGAACAACGAAGGCUUUGAUCCAGAAGAUCAUGGGGGGUUCCAAGGGAGAGAGAACAAGUUCGCGGAUACAUGCUACGGGUUUUGGUGUCUCAAUUCUUUGGAGAUCCUUGGGCCUCAAACUUCGGCAAGGUUUGAGGGCCAUGACUUCCUUGUGGAUUAUUUAUUGAACAAUACUCAAAAUAAGCUACUUGGUGGAUUUGCCAAAAACGACGAAGAUGAUCCAGAUUUAUACCAUACUUUCCUUGGCUUAGCUGCACUCGCCACAAUAUCUGGAGAUUUUGACGGGACGACGUUUUUGCCACAAAACAUCUCGAGAGCUAUGAAACUAAAUCGCCUUUGA